AUGACACGGGGUGUUACAGAAGUGACGCUGCCCAGCUGGACCCUGUCCGUGGGCCAGCAACCCUCCUCCAUACCCGUGGACCUGAUGGCAGACAGCACCUUACAGGUGGAGAUCUCGGAUGCAGUGAGUGAGCGGGACAAGGUGAAGUUCACCGUACAAACCAAGAGUUGCCUCCCUCACUUCGCCCAGACGGAGUUCUCGGUCGUUCGGCAGCACGAAGACUUCAUCUGGCUGCAUGAGGCCUACGUGGACAACGAGGAGUACGCGGGCGUCAUUAUCCCCCCAGCCCCUCCCAGGCCAGAUUUUGAGGCAUCGCGGGAAAAGCUGCAGAAGCUGGGUGAAGGGGACAGUUCCAUCACCCGGGAAGAGUUUGCCAAAAUGAAGCAGGAGCUAGAAGCGGAGUACUUGGCAAUCUUUAAGAAGACGGUGGCCAUGCAUGAAGUCUUUCUGCAGCGCCUGGCGGCCCACCCCACCCUGCGUCAAGACCACAACUUCUUUGUCUUUCUGGAGUAUGGCCAGGAUCUGAGCGUCCGAGGGAAGAACAGGAAGGAGCUGCUGGGGGGUUUUCUGAGGAACAUUGUGAAGUCCGCAGAUGAGGCCCUCAUUACCGGCAUGUCAGGGCUCAAGGAGGUGGAUGACUUCUUUGAGCACGAGAGAAUCUUCCUGCUGGAGUAUCACAGCCACAUCCGGGACGCCUGCCUGCGGGCGGAUCGCGUCAUGCGCUCCCACAAGAGCCUGGCAGACGAUUAUAUCCCUAUCUCCGCGGCGCUGAACAGUCUGGGAGCACAGGAAGUCAACCAGCUGAAGAUGAGCUUUCACAAACUGGCUGAACUCUUUGAACGACUAAGGAAACUGGAAGGCCGGGUGGCCUCUGACGAGGACCUGAAGCUAUCGGACAUGUUGCGGUACUACAUGCGGGACUCACAGGCGGCCAAGGACCUGCUCUACCGGCGGCUGAGGGCGCUGGCCGACUAUGAGAACGCCAACAAGGCGCUGGACAGGGCGCGCACCCGGAACCGGGAGGUGCGCCCCGCCGAGAGCCACCAGCAGCUGUGCUGCCAGCGCUUCGAACACCUCUCCGACUCGGCCAAGCAGGAGCUCAUGGACUUCAAGUCCCGUCGCGUGUCUUCCUUCCGCAAGAACCUCAUCGAGUUGGCGGAGCUGGAGCUCAAACACGCCAAGGCCAGCACCUUGCUGCUCCAGAACACCCUGGUCGCCCUUCAGGGGGAGCCCUAG